AUGGGCCUGCCAGGACCCGCAUCGGGCCCUGGGAAGCCCAUCUGGGCCCAACCUGCGAGCCCCGCCCCCUGCUCCAGGCCGCCGGCGCCUCCUCGAGCGCUCCUCCUCGCCCGCGCCUGCAUCGUCGUCCCACACCGCGCAGCGACCCCGCCGCCGAGACGCCAUGGGCUUGGAUCUGUGCUGCCGUCGCCGAAGUCCGUCGUCAGCCGCCCGAUUCGGCCUCCCAUUGUCGGAUCCGGGAAGCUCACGCCACCCCGCGUCCAUUCUGGCCUGAUCCCGUUCCUCCUCGACCCCGCUGCACCUCCGCGCCGCCGGAGUCCGCCGCCGUUGCUCCCUCCUAGCCGUCCCCUACCUCUAGCCUCCCACCUCCUCCUCAAUUUCCGCGCCACUCCAGCCCCUCCUAUCCACUUGGCGCCGCCCCACAGGGCAGACCUCCACCUGCGCCGCCACCAAGGGCCACUCUCGCGCCUCCACCUCACCCCCUGGUCUCCCCGCGCCGCCGCGAAGCCCGUGGGCCCGCCAGGACCCGCAUCAGGCCCUGGGAAGCCUAUCUGGGCCCAACCUGCGAGCCCCGCGCCCCUGCUCCAGGCCGCCGGCGCCUCCCCGAGCGCUCCUCCUCGCCCGCGCCUGCAUCACCGUCCCACACCGUGCAGCGACCCCGCCGCCGAGACGCCAUGGGCUUGGAUCUGUGCUGCCGUCGCCGAAGUCCAUCGUCAGCCGCCCGGUCCGGCCUCCCCGUUGUCGGAUCCGGGAAGCUCAUGCCGCCCCGCGUCCAUUCUGGCCGGAUCCCGUUCCUCCUCGACCCCGCUGCACCUCCGCGCCGCCGGAGUCCGCCGCCGUUGCUCCCUGUAUGCGAGCAGUAUGAGACGCGCCCGAUCUGCCUCAGUUUCUCGUCAACGCUUGCGCGUGGGCCGUGCCCAACCCAAGGCCCAGCACCCAGCCGGCCUGCCCGGCCUCCUCUGCACUGACCGGGCCAUAGCCCAUGGUGAGCCAGCGCCUCCUUUUUCAUUCCUUUGGCCCAGCCAGAUUCAGCCCUUAGUUUUUUUUUGUGUACGCUGCGAAUUUGUCCAUUUAACCUGAGACUGCAGUUUUUACAGAGAGGUCCCUAAACUUCAUGCAUAUAAAAACUUAAUAACCGUGCAUCGGAUCUAAAUAAAUUAUAUAUGGAACUUGCUCAGAAUUUUGUCUAGUUUAAUAAUAUGUC